GAAAAGGAGGGUGUUGAAGCUGUGUCUGUAGGGGCCAUUCUCUCCGAAUACCAGAGGAUCCGUGUGGAAAACGUAUGUUUGCGGCUAGGUUUGCAGCCUCUGGCUUACCUGUGGCGCCAAGACCAAGAGUCCCUGCUCUCUGAGAUGAUAUCAUCUGACCUCCAUGCUAUCCUCAUCAAAGUCGCCGCCUUCGGCCUGGAUCCAGAGAAGCACUUAGGAAAACCUCUGGCUGACAUGGAGCCCUAUCUGAAACAGCUCUCCCAGAUGUAUGGAGUUCAUAUUUGUGGAGAAGGAGGUGAAUAUGAAACCUUCACCCUUGAUUGCCCGCUCUUCCAAAGGAAGAUAGUUAUUGAUGCGGCAGAGACAGUGAUCCACUCAGCAGAUGCCUUCGCUCCAGUUGGCUACCUGCGCUUCACCGAGAUGCACACCGAGAGCAAAGACAAGGAUGUGGUGGCAAGAGCUUUGCCCCAUGGUAGUUGUCCUUGCCAGAACGCCAUUGACAAGAUGACUGAGGAGGUGGAAUAUGCUGAUCAAGCUGAAGACAACCAGCAAGAAUUUACAUCAAAUUGUGACCUUAGUUGUCAGCGGGGCCACGGUCUCCCUCCAUCCUGCUCACCAAGAAGUUCCAGAGGCUAUCAGUGGAUUUGUUGCAUUAACGGCCUUCAGAGCCAAGAACCCGGGAUCCAGGGCCAGACAUGGGCAGCUUUCACACAGCUGCAAAGUGAGUUGGACACCAGAUGCUGGAAGAUGAAGGACAUUAUCCUGCUUCACCUGUAUGUGAGCUGCAUGGAAGACUUUGUUCCACUCAACACGGUCUAUAAGAAACACUUUGGCAAAAACCCUCCAGCCAGGGUCUGUGUCCAGGCUCCUCUACCUGCUGGUCAGCUGCUGCAGAUGGACUGCCUGCUCCAUGACUGGAAAGAGCCCCUAGAGGAAGGCUGCUUCCACCAGAGGGAAGCCCUGCAUGUCCAGAGCCUUUCCCACUGGGCCCCAGCCAACAUCGGGCCCUACAGCCAGGCAAUCAGGGUAAGUCCCCAAGGUCCACAACAUGGAGAAGGUGUUGUUGCUGGUGGUGGCUAAUAGUGUUGACAGUUUAAUUUGGUGGUGGCCACAUAGUAAGUAUAUUGUUCUAUUAAUAGACUAAUAACAUUUUCAGCUAUCAAUUUCAGCAUUACUGUCAAAGGAUACACUUUGCAGGCAACCCUGUUGUUUAAAUUUGCGUCAUUAUUUUUGUUUAUUUAUUGUUUUCUGUUCAUCUUCUUCUGUUCAUUUAACCCCUGCUCUUCACAUAACUUGUUUGGCUACUGAUUGGAAAUGAUAUUGAAUCCCUUGAUCCUUGUCAGAGGGGCUAAGCCAAUAACAAGCAACAUUAUUUUCUUUUGUGUCACUGUUAGCAAUGCAAAGUAUCAUUUUAAGAAGGUACUGUAAGUAAGGUAUUAAUGGAGGAGUGCCAAGGAUUAAUUUGAUGAAUGAUGAAUCUUGCUGGUGAUUCUUAUGAUUCUUUGUUGUGCUUGAUUCUUACAAAGCAACUCAAGUGUCUCAGAUUACGUGCUGUACUUUGAGUGUCUGAGUCUCUGUUUGUGUAUAGAUGCAUUUGCGUAGGUGCAUGUGAUUGUUGAUUUGUGUGAUAGUUUGUUCCCAUUACUACUUUUAUGUAUACAUGUAAAUAUGUAUCCCUAUUAUAGUGGGCAGUGUGUAUCCAUUUUUGCACUUGUUUGUAAAGCUGCGAUUUGAACUUCUUUCAUAUUGUUUGAAACCCAGAAAGAAUGUCGAAUUCAAAGGCAGAGCAGAGGAAGUGUGGGCAGUGGUUGCACGGUUGGCUUGGUGUUUUGUUUAUCCACUGUGUAUUAUAUGGGAUUACACUUGUCAAGGUACUGUCAACAAGGAUAGUGUCCAUCUCCUCCACACUGUCCUUGAUCCUGCAGCCAAAUCCAUCUGUGAGUGAGAACAUGUGUGGAUUAGCCAUUCGUUUAGAGCUUGACGGCAUAUCUCACCAGUGUGUCACUGAGGCUCAGAUGAUCUUGUGCCGUUUGGAUUCCUGAGAUGUAACCUACAGCGUCAGGUUUGCUUUUAACAUGCUAGCAGUGUUUGAUUUCCUCAGUGGAGUCUUAUUGGGACAUGAAAUUGAAGUCAGCUGUGGGCAUGUGCUAUUGCCUCUGGAAAUGAGUCUAAUCUCUCAUUCCUCUAAUGAUCAUUCAUAUCCAAAGCAAUUUGAGAAAACACUGAGAUACACGCAGAGUUUGCUUGCUCAGAGCUGUGCACGGCACUACAUACGACCCCUGCGUCGUCUCUCAGUGUGUCUGCUCCUCCUCCACGCUACAAUGACUUAAUUUGAUCAAAAAUGUAUUAACAACUCUUCAGUACAGAUAGAGAUUUUUACAUAUUGAUACAAUUACCCCCUUGCUGUGAGCAAGCUUGCAGUGCCGCCCCUCCUCUCACCAGUACCACACUGACUCCAUCUUAAUGACAAUUUUCCUUGGUGUUGCCGUGUGACACCAGAGCGACAGGGCUCUGGCGACAACAGAGACAGAAAACCGCUGUCUGAGACUAAAUAACCUGGAGCUCUGCACAUUCACUGUCUCUGGAAAAGAAUUAGAAAUUAAAAGGAUCCAGCUAUAGAAGGGGAUUGGGGGGGGGGACCUUUAACUCGAAAUGAUUAAAGGAUGAAUUUGCAAUCUUAAUUAUGUCCAGACAAUGUAAUACAUUUUGUGCAGCAGAGGUGAUUUGUGAUGAGUUCUUCUGAAGGGGCAAUCAGUUUUGACUUAAUGGAAAAAAUAAAUAUCAAACGACAACAGCCUUUGAUUAAUGGUUCUGGUUUACUUUCUUGUUUGUUAAUCUGAUAAAUCUUGGUACCAUGUGAAUGUGCUGAAGUCGAUUGGGCUAUAAACUGACCAAUGUCCAGCUCUAUUGGGACCAGUGUAUUCUUUUGACAAACUGUCCAGUGGUUUGAGAGACAGCACAUGGCCACUGACAGAACAUGGACCCUUUGGCCCUGCAGGAUUUGACUACAGUCGGCCUCCACAGUGAAGGGUGGCACUGGUGGAGGUAGAGUGGAACGGCAUUAGGGAUUGGCAUGUGAUUGAUGCUGGACCUUCAAAAUCCAUCCAUCUAUUCAUCUAUCUGCCUGCCUUGUCAUGUCUCUCAGCUUCAGCUCUCGGGAACGGCAAGCUGUCUGAAUGUUGACUUGGCCUGGCAAGCUGACAGAUUCAGAUCUGACUUGAUUUAAAGAAUUAGUUAACCUUUAUGAUCUCAAAGCUGUGGACCACUUGGUGUACUGUAUGUUAAUGUGUGAUAUACCAGUAGUUUCUGUAAAAGAUGCAGGCUACAAAGACAAAAACGGUCAGUUCAUUUAUGCUGUGUUUCUACAUUGCUAAUGUACCUGAUUGACACGUGUUAUCAUCUGUGAGUGUGGUAGUACCAAAGAUCUUGCUAAUUGUUUUGUUUUGCUGUAUUUUCUUAUCAGAGAUUUAAUGCAAAUUUUGCUGUCAUUUGUAUACAUAAUUUGCAUAAUCUAAUUAAGAUAUAUGACAUUUCAACAUCAAUCAAUUCAUUAAAAACAAGAGAUGCUCUUAGACAUCCAGUUUCUGUUGCAAAAUAUCAAAACAAACUAUCUCAUUACAACCAAAGCCGAGUAAUGGCAUGCUUUUAAAAGAAAUAAAAGUUAUUACUGC